CGGAGGGAGCGCUCGUUUUUGGUUUGAUAGUCAGUGGGAGAUCACUGUAUCAUAUUUUGUCACGUUUGAUAACAGACUGUCUCUGACGCCGCAGAAUGAUCCCGGGCCCUGCAGAGCCUUCUGGAUUCUGAGGCCCGCACAGAAAUCCACCUUGCACCGGCAAACGGGAUCCUCAGUCACCGCCUCUAGCAGCAGCCAGCCCGAGACAGAAUGUCAAGUAGCCAGGAAGAAAGUCACUCCAGGGGCGGCGGCUCCGAGUGGGACUUGAAAAUGGCCUCUUCGAACAACACGUCCCCCGAGGGUGGACCUCCACCGCCGCUGCACCAGAACCGAAUACGGCAGUCCGACAGUAACACCAGUUUCCUGCGGGCUGCCAGAGCGGGGAACAUUGACAAAGUCCUCGACUACCUGAAAAAUGGAGUAGAUAUCAGCACCUGUAACCAGAAUGGUCUGAACGCACUACAUCUGGCAGCUAAGGAGGGACACAAGGAUUUAGUGGAGGAACUGUUGGAGAGGGGAGCACCUGUUGACUCGUCCACCAAGAAAGGGAACACUGCCCUCCAUAUUGCCUCACUGGCCGGACAAAAGGAAGUAGUCAGACUACUGGUGAAGAGAGGAGCAGAUAUCAAUUCUCAGUCACAGAAUGGCUUCACUCCACUCUACAUGGCAGCUCAGGAGAAUCACUUGGAGGUGGUGCAAUACCUGUUGGAAAACGAUGGGAACCAAAGCAUUGCAACAGAGGACGGCUUCACCCCACUGGCCAUCGCCCUCCAGCAGGGCCACAACUCAGUGGUCUCCCUGCUGUUGGAGCAUGACACCAAGGGUAAGGUCCGCCUACCAGCCUUGCACAUCGCAGCCCGCAAGGAUGACACAAAGUCUGCCGCACUGCUGCUUCAGAACGACCACAACGCUGACGUCCAGUCUAAGAGUGGGUUCACCCCUCUGCACAUCGCCGCUCACUAUGGUAACGUGAAUGUCUCCACCCUGUUGCUGAACCGAGGAGCUGCAGUGGACUUCACAGCCAGGAAUGGGAUAACGCCUCUUCAUGUGGCCUCCAAGAGAGGCAACGCCAACAUGGUGGCACUGCUGCUGGACCGAGGGGCUCAGAUAGAUGCUAAAACAAGGGAUGGGCUGACCCCCCUGCAUUGUGCAGCCAGGAGUGGCCAUGACCCAGCAGUGGAAAUUCUGCUGGAAAGAGGAGCUCCCAUCUUAGCCAGAACCAAGAACGGACUGUCCCCACUGCACAUGUCGGCCCAGGGAGACCACAUAGAGUGUGUUAAACUCCUGCUGCAGCACAAGGCGCCUGUUGAUGAUGUCACGCUGGACUACCUCACAGCGCUGCAUGUCGCUGCUCACUGUGGCCACUACAGAGUCACUAAGCUUCUGCUGGACAAGAAGGCCAAUCCCAACAUCAGAGCGCUGAAUGGUUUCACUCCUCUCCAUAUUGCUUGUAAGAAGAACAGGGUGAAGGUGAUGGAACUUUUGGUCAAAUAUGGAGCCUCCAUUCAGGCUAUUACUGAGUCUGGUCUGACUCCCAUCCAUGUAGCUGCCUUCAUGGGACACCUCAACAUUGUUUUACUUCUGCUACAGAAUGGGGCAUCUCCUGACGUCCGUAACAUUCGUGGUGAGACAGCUCUUCACAUGGCAGCACGAGCAGGUCAGAUGGAAGUGGUUCGCUGUUUGCUGAGGAAUGGAGCAUUGGUGGAUGCCAUGGCCAGGGAGGACCAGACUCCUCUCCACAUCGCGUCCCGUUUGGGGAAAACUGAUAUUGUCCAGUUGCUGCUGCAGCACAUGGCUCAUCCAGACGCUGCCACCACCAAUGGCUACACUCCCCUCCACAUUUCAGCCAGGGAGGGCCAAGUAGAGACUGCUGCCGUGCUGCUAGAAGCCGGAGCCUCACACUCACUGGCCACAAAGAAAGGAUUCACUCCAUUACAUGUAGCAGCUAAACAUGGAAGCCUUGAUGUAGCAAAACUUCUCCUUCAACGCAAAGCUCUCACCGAUGAUGCUGGCAAGAAUGGCCUAACUCCGUUACAUGUGGCAGCUCACUAUGACAACCGAGAUGUAGCUCUGCUGCUUCUGGAAAAAGCGGCAUCGCCUCAUGCUACUGCAAAGAAUGGCUACACUCCUCUCCACAUUGCAGCCAAAAAGAACCAGACGAACAUUGCAUUAGCGCUGCUGCAGUAUGGAGCAGAGACCAAUAUUCUGACCAAACAGGGAGUCAGCCCUCUACACCUGGCAGCCCAGGAAGGACACGCUGAGAUGGCCAACCUGCUGCUGGGCAAAGGAGCUCACGUCAAUGCAGUCACCAAGAGUGGACUGACUCCUCUGCACCUCACAGCCCAAGAAGACAGAGUCAGUGCGGCAGAAGUACUGGCCAAACAUGAUGCCAACUUGGAUCAGCAAACUAAGCUUGGAUAUACCCCUCUGAUAGUGGCCUGUCACUAUGGAAAUGCCAAAAUGGUGAACUUCCUGUUACAGCAGGGUGCCAGCGUCAACGCCAAAACUAAGAAUGGAUACACACCCCUUCACCAGGCAGCACAACAGGGGAACACACACAUUAUCAAUGUGUUGCUACAACAUGGCGCCAAGCCUAAUGCUACUACAGUGAAUGGAAACACAGCUUUGUCUAUUGCCAGACGUCUGGGUUACAUCUCUGUAGUAGACACAUUGAAAGUCGUCACUGAGGAGGUCGUCACUACCACAACGACGGUCAUAGAGAAACACAAACUCAAUGUCCCUGAGACCAUGACUGAGAUCCUUGAUGUGUCUGAUGAAGAAGGUGAGGACACCAUGACAGGUGAUGGAGGAGAAUAUCUGAGAGCAGAAGAUCUCAGAGAGCUGGGAGAUGACUCUCUGCCAGGACACUACGGGGACCUCAGUUACAUAUGCCACAACCUAGACAGGCCGCAGCACACUCCCAUUCACCAAAGUUACCAUCAGAGAGAGGGAGUUUUCAUCGAAGACAUGCUUACAAGCCACCAGGUAUCAGCACUGUCUAGAGAGCAUGAAAAGGACUCGUUCCGUCUGAGCUGGGGAGCUGAGCAUCUUGAUAACGUGGUGCUGUCCUCCAGUCUGCUACACUCUGGCCGUUCCUCUCCGUGCCUAGACCAUGACAACAGCAGCUUCCUGGUCAGCUUCAUGGUAGAUGCCAGGGGCGGUGCCAUGCGUGGUUGCCGUCACAAUGGCCUGCGAAUCAUUGUACCACCAAGAAAGUGUUCUGCACCUACUCGGGUGACAUGCAGGCUGGUGAAGAGGCACCGUCUCGCCUCUAUGCCUCCGAUGGUGGAGGGUGAGGGGCUAGCUGGUCGCAUCAUUGAAGUGGGACCCACUGGAGCCCAAUUCCUGGGGCCUGUGAUUGUGGAGAUCCCGCAUUUUGCAGCUCUGCGGGGCACAGAGAGAGAGCUAGUGAUCUUGAGGAGUGAGACAGGGGAGAGCUGGAGGGAACACCACUGUGACUUCACUGAAGAGGAACUGAACCAGAUACUUAACGGGAUGGAUGAAAAACUUGAUUCCCCUGAGGAGCUUGAAAAGAAAAGAAUAUGCCGCAUCAUCACCCGUGACUUCCCACAGUAUUUUGCAGUGGUGUCACGGAUUAAACAGGAUAGUCAUUUGAUUGGACCAGAGGGCGGGGUCCUUAGUAGCACUCUUGUGCCCCAGGUCCAGGCUGUCUUCCCUGAAGGUGCCCUCACCAAGAAGAUCAGAGUUGGGCUACAGGCUCAGCCCAUUGAUGUCGAGAUGGUGAGAAAGAUUCUUGGAAACAAAGCCACAUUCAGCUCAAUUGUCACAUUGGAGCCAAGGAGGAGGAAGUUUCACAAACCAAUUACGAUGACCAUUCCCAUUCCCAAGAGCUCGAAUAGUGAUGUGCCAAGCACGGAUUUCAGUGGGGAGACCCCGACCUUACGUUUGCUUUGCAGUAUUACAGGUGGAACCACUCCUGCCCAAUGGGAGGACAUCACUGGUUCCACACCUCUCACCUUUGUUAACCAAUGUGUUUCCUUCACCACAAAUGUAUCCGCAAGGUUCUGGCUGAUAGACUGCAGACAGAUCCAGGAGUCUGUUAGUUUUGCCUCUCAGCUGUAUAGAGAGAUCAUCUGUGUUCCAUACAUGGCCAAGUUUGUAAUUUUUGCUAAGACACUGGACCCGAUUGAGGCCCGCCUGCGCUGUUUCUGCAUGACAGACGACAAGAUGGACAAGACCCUGGAGCAGCAAGAGAACUUCACUGAAGUUGCCCGUAGCCGAGAUGUUGAGGUGCUGGAGGGAAAACCUAUAUUUGCUGACUGCUUUGGAAACCUGGUACCUCUUACCAAGAGUGGACAACACCAUGUGUUCAGCUUCUUUGCCUUCAAAGAGAAUAGACUGGCCCUCUUCAUCAAAAUUAGAGACACAGCACAGGAACCAUGUGGUCGCUUGUCCUUCACCAAGGAACCCCGCACAUACCGUAGUCUUACCCACAAUGCUAUAUGCAACCUUAACAUCACUCUCCCAAUAUAUUCAAAGGAGUCUGAUUCAGACCAAGAUGCAGAUGAUGAGAGUGAGAAGAGUGACAAGAAAUUGGAUUGGCAGGAUGAUGCUGACAGGAAAGAGGAGACAUUAGCUAUCAUUGCAGAUCUUCUUGGCUUCAGCUGGACUGAGCUUGCAAGAGAACUGGAAUUCAGUGAGGAUGAUAUCCAAUUAGUGAGAACACAGAAUCCUAAUUCCCUCCAAGAACAGAGCCAUGCCUUGCUGCAGCGCUGGGUUGAGCGGGAAGGCAAACAUGCCACAGAGGACUGUCUGAUUAAGAGACUCACCAAGAUCAACCGCAUGGACAUCGUCCAUCUUAUUGAAACCCAGAUGAACAAGUCACUUCAAGAGCAAACAUCUAGAACUUAUGCAGAGAUAGAGAAGACACUGGAUCAUAGUGAAGUGUCUGUAGCCCUGUCUUCAGUGCAAGAGGAUGCAGACAGCCCCAGAAUCGUGAGAAGGGUGGAGUCAGACCGCAGACCACCCCCUGCUGUUUCUGAAGAGGACCUCUCAGUUGCUUCCCUACUGGAUAUUCCUUCCUGGGCAGAGCCUGUUGGACAUACCCACUCAGAAAGCAUGCACGGUGACCUGUUGGAGGAGCUCGAGAUCCCACAUGAAUUGAAUCCUGACCUGUGGACCUCUGAGGAUGUAAUUACACAAGAACCUACAAGUUAUGACAACUCAGAUGAGCAAGAGAUCACCGCAGAGCUUGGAUCAAUGUCAGAAAGUUCAGAUGAUGAUUUUUUGACCACCAGAAUAGUGCGAAGGAGAGUUAUCAUUCAGGCUGAUGAAAUGCCCAACCUCCCCACUCAGUCAGUGAUGGAAGAAAAGUACAAAGAUGAAAAUGGACACAUUGUUGUCAAAAAGGUUACCCGUAAAAUUAUUCGCAAGUGUGUUUCCACGGAUGGUGUGGAGCAUGAAGACGUGUCAUUAGAAGGAGUUCCCCAGGGGUCCAUCGGUAUGGCAAAGGGAGAUAGAUGCUCCAAGGCAGUGAAGCGGACUGUAGUGAAGAGUGAGGGAGACCACACAGAGGUCACAUUUACUGAAUGUGAGGGUUUCACAGCAUCAAAGCAGGAGACAGCCAAAGGUUGUAAGGUCAGUCGCGUAGAAAGGACAGCGGUGGUGGAGGGUGAAAGGACAAUGACACACCAGGGUGAUCCGUUUUUGGCCUCUGACCUCCCCUCAGCCCAAGACGACUUCAAACAGGCACUAGGUUAUAUAAGUGGUUUCAACAGAACAGCGCUCCCUCAAGUGGUAGAAAGAGAGAUUGUCAAAGAAGAUGGAACUGUGGUCAGGAGGGCCCACAUGCGUAAAGGUCACACCCUCAGACGAACAGUGGUAAAGGGAGCUGGGCAGCGCAAACAGGUCCUUCUAGAGAAAGUGGAAAACCCCAGAAAAGGGUCAAAGCCACGUGGUCUCCAGCAGCAUCUCCACCAGCUCUUUCACCGCUACUACUACGAAGAAAAGGAGGACAACGAUGAGGACGAAGAGGACGAGGAAGAGUAGAGGAAUGUGUAACACUCUCCCCCACUCCCUGGUUCUGCCCAUACUAAAGCCCCCCUAAUCCUAUGCAUUAGCCACAUGCAAUCCCAGUGUGCACCAUGGCACAUCAAAGCUACCACAGUCUUCCCACUUAAGUCCUGGAAGAUUACCUUUUGUUCACAAUUUGGAGUUUUCCCUGGCUUGUAAUGUAUUCAUGAUUUUCUUUUCAUGUUUGGGUGUUGUUUUGCUUUUUUGUGACCAAAGAAAGCCUUCUGUUAUUUUCCUGAUUCAUUUUACUUUCCAUGUCAUAACUGUCUUUGAUAUUUUUGUCUUGAUGCUGUGGUAGAGCAACAUACACAAAAAACAGAGGGAUACUAUUACUAUCAACUAACAUACAAACCUCCUGAAGGUAAAGAACACUUUACCUGCAGACAUACUGGUACUGCUCUCUGAGUAGGUGCUUGAACUGAAAGACAAUAUCUCACACUGCACUGCCUCUCACAACCAGAGUUUCUUAGAUAUUCCUUACUUAUAAACUGUCUCACUCAUUGUACUAGCCUCUCAGCUCUUUCAAUUCAGGUGGUCAAGAUGUCACACAGAGAAAACCAGACUGUAUCGACACUGAAUUUAACUGCUGCUGCUGUGUUUUGUGUAGGCUAUGUGUAAUCUGUCUUUGGGAAUUAUAUAUUAUCUAUAAUCUAGACAUUACUGACAUCAGUAGCCUAGGAAUUAAUAAUCACUUAUGUGAAGUAUAGAGCAGGCAUGACUAAUCAACAUCUGUCAUUAUGAUCCUAGCUUUGACUGCUUUGUAGAUCUAUGAAUUGCUCUCCUGCCUCUCUUUCCCUUCUGUGUGUGUCUUUCUGUGUUUUUAUGUGUAGUUAGAUUUUUUUUUUUUUGGGGGGGGGGGUUGCUUUUUUUAAUUGUUGAUCUUGAUUCAUGCUGUAUGAAUGGUUAAUGUGUUUGUGAGGUUGUACUGUAGGUACUGUGUGUCUAUGCAUGUGUCGAGUACUGCAUUAUCAGCUUGUUUAAAGAGGGUACGAUUUUAGGCUGAUUUUAACUGCUAAGAUGUCUUAUUUUAGAGGGUUUUUUUAUUUUGAUUUUAGUUUACUAGUUAGUAUAAAGAAUAAAUUUAAUUUUAAUGUGA